GUGCCGGUCUUCGACAACUUAUCUGAGGUGGCUUCGGGAAAAUAUUAUUUCCACGUGGCUGCACAGGUUGCGACUCUCUGCUUGAAGCCGUGCUACGGUCAAGUUCGGAUGCGGAUUACGUCAGACUCGGUCCAGAGUCCCAAGGACUCUUCUGCACAUGGGAUGUGCACUCAGCUGAACUCUGGAGGUGACUCGCUUUCCGGCUCGGUAGUGGUGGACAAGCUGCAGCACAUGCCAAGUCCAACUUACGAGAUCGAACUCACUACACAUCCGGGCAACGACUACAUCGAGCUACCGCGCAUGACGGACUUGAAAGCGAAGCGGAAGCACUGCGAAGCUGAUGAAAGGUGUUCUCUGGAUGCCACAUUUAGCUUCGAUGCUGCCUCCGUGGGCGUCACAGCAGGAAUGCAACCAGGUUCUGCAAGGCUGCGUCACACUCUGAUAGCACUGAAAGUAGAUCCCGAUGUGCAUCCAGAAACGACCUGUGGCCUUCUGGCAGCUCUGGCAACGAAUCGCACCAUCAGCACGCUGGUGGUGAAGGACAGUGCUCGCCAUUCGCAGCUGGAGGGAAAUCUCCGCUUUGAUCAAGAGUCCAAUUCGAGCAUCAUGGUGAAUGUCCUGGUCACGUUGGAGGACCUUGCAGGUGCUCAUCUUGCCGCUGCCAGUUACAUGCCCUUCGAGCUGGUUGCUGCCGUUGAAAGGUCCCCGGAGCCAGACAACAUCGCAAGUUCCUGGGUUGGUUGUUUUGUGCUGGUUUUGUGCGGCGGUGGAUGUCUCCUCAACAAAACUCGUCGUGCUUCCAAGGGGCACCAGGAUGUCCGUGAGGCGGAUUUCGACAGGAUCGAGAUCCAGAUGGCGUACGAACUUCACGAGGAAGGAGCAGCGAGCCUUCUGGCCCAGCAAAGCUAUGUUCCUCCGAAUGUCUGA